UAGCUACAUGUAUAUGCCGCAUUCUUCAUUCGCUGGAGAGUUUUGUUUCUUUGUAAAGAUAUUUGUCAUCAAAUAUGCCGGAGAGGAAGAAAAUAAUUUCAACGAUGAUUAACUAUUAUGGCUAGAGUUGUUUAAAGAUCAGUGUUCGAACAGAGAACACCUCAGAAAUUGGCUUCGUAGUCUUUGAGUUAGCUUAUAGUUAAGUCUACAAUCAGCUAACCUGUGAUUACUCCAUCUUAUCGACCAAAAAUGGGACUUAUUGAUAUGGAAUUGAUGUUUGAUUUACUGGAUACGGACAUGAGGGGUUAUCUGACCUCAAAUCAGCUCCAAGAUUUUCACGAAUCGCUGUAUUUCUCUCCGAUCGAUCCUCGACAAAUCGAAGCUGCCAUAAGAACAGUUUGUGGCAGUUCUUCUCGCGGACUUUGUCCACGAGAAAAAUUUAUGGAUGUGUUAGACGACCUUGACCGGAGGAAAAGUCUCGAAGAAAAAAUUUCUUGGGAUUUUAAAUCACUUGAUAUCGAAGGAAAAGGAAGAAUUUCUCUCAAAACCGCGCUGUUGCUUUUCAAAGCUGUCCACAAUGAAUUGUUUUCAAUGAAGACCUGGCGAUCAUUUGUUUCUCAGCGGGAAUAUCCCGAUGCAGAUGUAUGUUUUGAUGAGAUCAAGAUGUUCUUGUGUAACUUGGUUGAUGGUGGUCCUUGUGAGAAAGAAGAGUUUAACGAGGAGGAGAGGGAUGUUGGUUUGCGGUGUGUUGAAAAUGAGUACAGGAAUCUGAAGGAACUAGAAAAGUUUCAGGAGGAUGAGGCAUCCCUAGCUGCUGAAGAGAGGGAGAGAAUGCACCAGGCCAACAAACUGAAACAAGGAGCUGAACGACGAACCAAGCGACUGGAUCAUGAGGGUGUUGUGGCCCUGCUGCAUGAGGAUGAAGAGUGGGAUGAGAAAGCUGCGAAGAAAGCAAGACAGAAAGUCACAGCUACAGAUUUGAUACAAGCUCUACGAACAAAGUAUGAGAUCUUGCGUGACAAACUCCUUUUGGAGAUGCUGAGACAUCACAUUGGUGAAGGAAUGUGGACAGUGUUAUCUGAAGAUGAGCAGCACGAACGCCUCAUGCAGUUGAAAAUGCGUGUUCAGCGUCUACGUAAAGACAGCAAAUUAGACGGCGCCAAUUCCCUGCCUGGUGCUGGUCUCACAUUCUUCUUCAAUUUGUCGGCAUUGAUGGGUUUCAGUAGAAUAGGAGAUGAAAUUCAGCAGCAAAAAGAAGCUGAGAAAAUCAAAGAACUGGAGAAGGAAGGGAAAAGCAACAAGGAGAUAGAGGAAGAAAUGCUCAGGUCUCGUGAAAAAGCUCUACAAGGACACGCCAAGAGUGAGCAACUUCUGAUAGAUCUGGAGAAGCGUUAUCGCCAGGAUAAAGACGCCAUAACUGCCAAAUUGAAAGGCGCUGGUACAAAUACCAUGACAGCGGAGCAGAAGCUGACUGAGUAUGGACUCAUUCUAAGAGAGCAGUUACGUGCCCGAGAAGAAGGGAAGUUUGAGAGUGCUGGUUUAGCUGUGGGAAUUGCUGAACGCGUGAAAGAGCAGGUGCAAAGACCAAAAGAUGACCGCAAACGACAGGAACAGCUUGGCAAAGAGCGCCUUACACAGCGGAAGGGCAGGAAGCUGCCAAGAAACUGGAAGGGAGGGGAACUGGACUUCAGUACACCAGGAGAGGCGGGUUUAGUUGAUGUGUUGGAGGACACUGUCAGAGCAUUGGAGAGGAAACACGCCAUGGAAAGAGAGCUGCUUAUUUACUUAUUACAAGGCCGGGAAAGUGUACAGGCCCGCAGUGCAGCUAAGAAACUAUCUCCAGUCAUGGCUGAUCUUCAGCAUUACCAGGAAGUGGAGAGUCAGAUGUUGUUGACACUGCAUAGCAAGGACAUGCAAGAAUUGAUUCGUCUUCGACAACUGGAGCACCAAUCAUGGCAAGAGGAGUUGCUCGACGGGAUAUCAUCUGUUCUUCUUGGCACAGAAGAAAAUGUCUCUCAAGAGGAUGAACUUCUCCAGGCUUUGGAAGAAAAAUACGACACGCUUAGAGACAAGCUGCUUCUUGAAGCCUUAGAGAAACAAAUGGGCGCAGCCGAAUGGGCGCAUCUCUCUGAACGAGAAAGACAGGCUCGGCUUGCUAAGCUAAAGCUACAGGAGAGACGUCUGAGACAACAAGGGAGGUUUGAUGAUGCAGCGGCUCUGUUAGGUGAAGGACUUAAGAAUGCUGAGACUCUGCAGGCUCUUUUGGGAGAAAACCGACAGCGUUAUUUAGAGCGACUUAAGGAACGCCUAGAGAGGCGCCAGAAACGACUUGAAGAAGGGUUGGAUCCUGACGAAGAAGAUGAGGAAACCAUGCGACUUUUAAAUGAAGAAGAAGCCGUCAGUACUGGCAACAUCUUAAAAGACCUGCAAAACCGUUUUGACGAGGAGAAGGAUGCACUAUUACGAGGACUACAGGAGGAACAAGACCGGAAAGCUGCAGAAAAACGUCGUCAGGCUGAACUUGUGAGGCUCAAACGCGAGAAAAGACAAGCUGAACAAGAAUCACGGUUUGAUGAAGCUGCGCUGGUACUGGGGCUGGCGGAAAGAAACAGACAGAACCUUGAAGAAAAGUUACGCCGUGAUCGGGAGCGUCAAGAACAGCUAGCAAGGGAACGAUUGGCGAGAAGAAAGAGACGAGGAAAACCUGAGGAGCAGGAAGAUGACGAUGAACCAGAUCCCGAUAAAGAUGAUUUACAAGGCUGGCAGGACGCUGUGUUGAAGUCACUGGAGAGAAAACACCGCGCAGAACAGGAAUUCUUGAUGGGAUUGCUUCAAGAUGAGAGCAGCGAGAGCAUGCGGGAAGAAGCCAGAACUGUUAGUGAAGACGACAGACUUAAAAGACUCAGUGAGCUCAAAGGGAAGAGAGAGGAACUUGACUUGGGUGUUAAAGCUGACCAACUUCUCCAUGUCGACAUCCUGGACAUGGCCGCUGCUUACAAAUUUGAAGUUCAGCGAUACAGACUGGGUAGUGAAAAGGAAGGUGAAGUGAACGAUGAAGAAGUUACAGUCGCUAUGAUGGCUGACUUACAAGAAGAACAAGACAAGGAGAGUGCAGGAGUCCUAGGAAAUCUUCAGGAAAAGCCACAGUCUUGUUAGAGUAUGAUGGGACUGGAUCAGACAAGGAUUUGAUCUCAGCUCUGGAUCAGAAAUAUGACGCGCUUAAAGACAAACUCUUACUGGAAGCUAUCAAGAAGCAGUUAGGAGACGCCGAAUGGGCGCAGCUGUCAGAGCAGGAGCGGCAGAAAAGACUUGUGAAGCUCAAGUUAGAGGAACGACGACUGCGGAAGGAAGGACAAUUGGAUGAACUGCACCGUCUGCUGGGAGAAGGAUUUGAAAUGGACGCCAAUCUAAGAAAAUUGAUGGGUGAAAACAAAGCAAGGUACGAGGAAAAACUGAAGGAGCGACUAGCAAAACGGAGGGAGCGAUUAGCUCAGGGAUUGACGCCUGAUGACGAUGAUGAGGCAGAGUUGGAGGAUGGUGAGGCGGAAGGAGAAGGAGUAACAGAUUUGAAAGCUAUCUUGGAAGAUAUGGACAAAAGAUACGAGGAAGAAAAGGAAGCGCUGAUGCGUAGUUUACAAGGAAAAGACGAACACUUCAUGAGCGAAAGACAGAGACAGGCUGAACUGGCUCGUCUGAAACGAGAGAAACUGAAAGCGAAACAAGAAGACAAGUUUAUCACGGCCGCGUUGGUACUGGGACUGGCUGAGAAACAGAAAGCUGCAGUGGAAGAAAGGCUUCGUCAAGACCGUUUGCGACAGGAACAAUUGGCACGAGAACGACUGGAACAAUUGCGUAACCGCAAAAGAGCCAAAGAACAAGAGGCCGAGGAGAAACUGGUGACUGACGGGGAAGUCAGCGUCUUACAAGAAGCUGUAAUGAAGGCGCUGGAACGGAAACAUCAGGAUGAACGGCAGGCUUUACUUGACGUGUUGCAACAAGAAAUGCCAGAAUUAGCUGAGGCCGCCGCGACGAUGACUCAACAACAGCGAGAGAAUUGGCUCCAGCAGAUCAGCAUGAAAAUGAAAGGUCUUGAUCCAGCCGACAAAGAGGCCCGUCAUAAUUUACUCGUGGAAGCUGCUGUUUUUAAAGUUGUAAACCGACAGAAGUAUCUGGAACUGUCGCAAGAGGAAACUGUGAAGAAAGAUGAUGUUAUUGUGUCGCUGUUGGCAGACUUGCAGCAGGAACAGGACCAAGAAAGCGAAAAACUUGUGAAUGAAAUGCAGGACAAGGAUAAAACAGAGUUAGUGCAACUUCAAGAAAACCUCUUCCAAGCGCGAAAAGACGCCUCCCAACCGAACGUCGUUGCAGUUGUCACGCAAGCUGAAAUCUGGGGCACGGCUAACGAGCGUGACCUGUCACAAGCCCUGAAUUACAAGUAUGACGUGUUGAAAGACAGGCUACUGCGUGACGCUCUUAUGCAACAAGUUGGCUUGACUGAGUGGGAGGCACUUUCUGAGAAUGAUCGUUUUUCCAGACUGGCGCAGAUGAAACUGAAAGUACAGGCUUUACAAAGUGAAGGAAAACAAGACGAACUGAAACAGCUUUUAGGUGAAGCAGCAGCCAUUAAUCUCAUGUCACUGAUGGGUGCGAAUGGCACGCAGCAGAAGCAACGGCAGAAUGAACGACAACAAAAGAGGGAGGAAAGAAAAUCUCAAGGAAUGUCAGACGAGGAAAUUCUCAAACUCGAGGCUGAAGAAGAUGUCCAAGCUGAGGAAGAGGCGCUUAAAAGAUCCACCGGGAGUACAGUUCAGGAUCUUGAGAAUCGUCUCAGUAUUGAAACAGACAGCCUGUUAGCUGACGUUCGCGGGGCCGACGCUAAAUUUGAAAGCGAGCAACACCGACAUGCGCAGUUGGCGCGAAUCCGUCAUGAGGAGAGGCAGGCCUUGCAGGAGAGCUCGUUCCAACCUUCCGCUCUGGUGCUUGGACUUGCGCAAGCUCGUCAGGUUAACAUGGAUAGCAGCUCCAAACAGGAUCAGGACCGCCAAAAGCAAUUGGCCCAAAAGAGAUUAAUCGCGUGGCAACAGAAAGACCAAUCAGAGAUGAAUAAAGUUAAGGAACAGCUGAAGGCAUUGGAGACUGGAAGCGAACCCGAAAUAGUCUCCAGUACGAGCAUUGGAGCUCUGCAGGAGGCGGUGUUGAAAGAAAUGGAACGCAAACAUCUGUGUGAGCUCCUAGUUCUAGAACGUUUGAUCAGCGAAGAAAAAGAAAGUGACCUCAGGAAAGCAACUCAACAACUUAAUAAAGAACAACAACAAGAGAGGCUAUUCGAACUGAAGGAACUACGAAAACAGUGGCGGGAGUCUGGACCCGAAGAAAUGACAGAGACCGCUGACGAGCAAGAAACGAUACUGCGAGAAGGUGUAGGCUUGAAGCUUGAAGUGAGCCGUGAGGAACUGAGGCAGAAGGCUGCAGGGGAAGGAAAGGAACUGGGGCCGGAUGACGAUUCUGUGUCUCUACUCGCCGCCCUUCAGCAACAUCAGGAACAAGAAGCUGAAUAUUUGCUGCGAGAUCUUGCUGUGAAGAAUCCCAUGGUGCUUAAGCAGCUUCAAAGCGUGCACUCGAUGGCUUGCAAAGAACGUUGGUACGACAAUCUGGCUGCCUGUGUGUUGGGUCUGAAGAGAAAACAAGCUCGCCUCACAACGGAGGAAUCUGCAGAAGAGGAACUGGUAGAGGCACUGGAGCAGAAGUAUGACGCCUUGAAGGACAAACUGCUGACAGAAGUCCUCAUGAAACAGAUGGGAGACGCGGAAUGGGCGGCUCUGUCCGAGAGGGAGAGGCAGGCCAAGCUGCUGAAGCUGAAGCUGCAGGAGAGGAGGCUAAGGCAGGAGGGAAAGUUAGACGAGGCCUCUAGGUUACUUGGCGAAGGAAUGAAACACGACGCAGCUUUGCGCGCCCUGAUGGGCGAAUCAAGGUCGCAACAAAAACAACGUCUGCAGGAAAGACUUGAAAAGCUACGUAAGAUGAGACAACAGGGACUUUGAGAAGGAUCGCGCAAGACAGGAGCAACUUGCUCGUGAGCGCAUCGCAGCCAUCAAGGCUCGUCGGGCGGCAAAUAGGGAAAAAUCUGAGGAAGAGGCACAAAAGGAACUGGAGGAGAAACUUCUGAAGGAGCAGGCAGAGGACAGUGAGAUUGACAAGAGGAACGCACUGGACGUGGAGCAAGGAGGACUGGCACUACUACAGGAGGCCAUUUUGAAUGAGGUGGAGAGAAAACACUCUUCAGAACAAGAGGCACUCACAGACCUCUUGGCCAAAGCUGAUGCAGAUCAAGAUGGUUUAGCCGCAGCCAGGUAUUUAACUGAGACAGAACGACAACAACGAGUGGAUGAACUAGGCAAUCAGAGGAGAGCUUGGAGAUUGGAUGCAGUUCGGGAUGCAAUGCAAGCUGUUCCUGAUGAAUUACAAACAGAGGAAGAGAAGAAGGCUAACGCAACUCGUAUUGCUGAAAGCCGAGCUAAGCACAUGAACUUCUUAAAAGAGGCAUUGGUUCUCCAUAUAGAGACCAAACGAGCACAGCUCUUAACACAAGGAGUUGACGAAGAGAAACUUCAAGAAGAAAUAUCUGUUCUUAUCAUGGCUGAUUUACAAGAAAAGCAAAUGACCGAGAACAAUGCUGUUGCCAACAUUUUGGGCGCCGACAAGGACGAGUCUGUCUUGGCGCGAAUCAGAACUGAUCAGCGCAUGGCACGCCGAGAAGGAUGGAUGGACAACUUGGCUGCAACUUUAAUGGGUUCCCGUCCAGUGAGAAAAAGAAGCACAACUCUGGCGCCGUCAACUAUGAUGGCGAAUCUGGCCGAAGCAGACGAGGAAGAAGUUCGUUUGGAGGAAGAACAGGAAGCUAAGCUGGCAGAGUUGGAAGCUGAGAUGGAGAACGAAAAAGAAGCUCGAAAGUUGGCUGGAGCCACAGAAGAGGAGAUACAGAGAGCAAUGGAGUUAUUACAGAAACAGCAUGACGCUAAGAGAAAGGCUAUGGCGGCUGAUGUAGAGAGACAGCGUAAUAUGGUGCGGCAAAGGCUGGAGGCCAAACGGAGGAAACGAGAAGAACAACAGUACGAAGAAGACAUGGCGGCUUCUAUUGUGACAAUGGCCGAGAAACAGUUCGCUCUUAUCCGAGAGAAGACAAUGUUGAGAAGAGAAGGACAGAAAGACACGCUAAAUGAACGCUUGGCGCGUAGAAGAGCAGAGCGUGAAAAGAAAAAAGCCGAGGAGGAAGAGGCCAGAAUAAAAGAAGAAGAAGAAGCGACCAGAAAGAAGGCUGAGGAAGAAGCAAAGAAGGCGGAAGAACCGAAACAGGCUCCAGCGGACUAUCCAUUACCGGGCGGCUUUGCUAUGAAGCGAGAAAAGACAGUGAUAGACGUAGAAGUUUCCAAAGAGAAGCAACAAGAAAUCCUAUCAUCUCUGUUACGUGAACACACCAAUGUUGGAAUGAAGUUUGAACGAGAGAGAACUCGUCAAGAGGAAAUGCUGAAAGCCCGGAAAGAAAGGAAAAAGUCUCGAAUUGAACGAAAACAGGAAGAGGUGGCGACCAUUAUGGGUCUGGGAGAGAGACAGAAGACAUUUGUGGAGCAACAGAAGAAAGAAGAGCGCGAACGUCAAAUUACCAUGGUUCGCGAGCGAAUCGCGCGUGUUCGCUAUGAGCGCACGAUGACAAUGCGCGAACCCAAAGAUGAGAAAGCACAAGGUUUUGAGAGUCUGUUAACAGAAGAAGAGAAAGAAGGAUUGUCUGAGGAGGAGAAAAUGAAACGGAUCGCCGCAAAAAUGGAGGAGAAAUUCAAGAGUGAACAACGCCGUGUGUCAACCGUUUCAGCGCUGGCUCCUCCCAGCCAAUCAUUCAGCGCCAGCGCCAGCUCAGCCGAAACUUCGGAGGAGGAGGGUCCUCAUACGGAACGUGCAUCACAGCUCCUAGACGAAAAGAGCCGAAAUAAAAAACUGAAGGAGCGUAUGGCGUCACGCAAAAGAGAGCGACGCAGAUCUGUCGCGCCAACCUCCGGAGAAGACGGUGGUGCUGUGGGUGGGGCUGACGAGUGAUGGAGCAUGAUGUUAACCCACAGAUCAGCCCCUGAGCUGGCAGGACCAGUGAAAACUUCCUAUUUAUUUCUGGUGUUAUUUAUUGAGUUGGUCUAGUUUUUUUAGUCGCAGUAGACAGGCUUUGGUCAGUCUUCUAGUUUUUAUGUAAAUAGGAUUAAUGUAGCAAACAAAAAAUUAGGAAAUUGUUUCGCUCAGUUUACAUGCUUAUUAUCGUAACUUCCACGGUUAGCUAACGAAGGAAAAAAAAAACAAUCAUGUAUUUUCCAGUACUUAUUUUUCACAUUUGGAAAGACUGCCGUUUGAAAAAGACUUUGCGCUGCGCGUAGUAGUAUUAUUGGUAGACCGAUAGUCACAGUAGUUGUGAUUUUUGCGUUAAAAAACAGUAAUUAAAACGAACUAUUUUUGAUGUUA